AUGGCCGAAGUCUACAAGUUGCCUGGUCAUAGAGUCGACGUCAAGCUCCGUGUCUUCGAUCAUGAGAUUCAUUGCCAUUCAUUGAUGCUGAAGCUUGGUUCGGCUUAUUUCAGAAGAUUCCUCGACUCAGCAGACAAAACCCCAGCUCCUGCGAAUGCAACUUUCAGAUACGAAUAUGUUACCAUUCAAGAUGCCCCUGAAGAUGUUCCAAGCCUUGAAGUCGCAUCCAAGGUUGAGGGCAGAGGUGAUAAGCCUGUCGACACUGAAUCCGAUCAUUGGUACAUUGCUGUUAAACAUUUGACUGAUUGUAUAUACGGGAAGUCCUUCACACUCGCCAGUUUCGAUGAUAUCAACUUUUUGGCCAAGGUUGCAGAUUUUUAUGGUGCGCUGCCAGUCGUUUCAAGGACAUUGGAUACAGUGUUUUUCCGAAGCCCGAACUUCAUCGAGCGAAUACCCGAGAAUGCUGGUUCUCUUUUGAAGAUUGCCUGCCAACUCAGAAAUCAAACUCUGUACAAGGAAUGCAUGAUUCAUGUUGCUGGUCGGUGGAAAAGCAACCCUUGCAUACCAGCAGAUGAUAUGGAUCUUCGUAUCCGAGUUCUCGUUGCAUAUGGAAGCGUUUGUGACAAGCUUGUCACAGCAAAUCAAAAUUUGAUCAGAUUGGUUGCAGAUGGGUAUAUGGAUAAAAAGGUCCAUGAAGAGCUACGUUCUAUGGCGCUCAACUAUAGCUGGUCGCUAGCCCUUUACUAUCGACAAUUUUACGAUAAACACUACAGUCAUGAUAUCGAUCAGGUUCUGACUAAAAUAUUGACUAGCAAUCUAAUCCUUGAUCCUUCUAAGCUUGGAGCAGGCCAAGGAAAGUUCCAAAAUUAUUUCCUUUGCGCGGAAAUCACAGACAAGGAACUCCCAUGGGAUAGGGAGGAAGAAGACUGGUAG